CAUACGAGGUCAUGUUGUUAAAGGUUAUACCGGAAAAUGGCGAGGAUUCUGGCUAUAUGCGAGAUAUGUUGCAAAACAACAUGGGUUGCAAGGAAUAAGUUCCUCGCAACAUCAUGUAUAAGUAAUGCAACUCAAAUAAUUAAAAAAACAGCUAGCUCAAAUCAUAUAAUAAAAUGUAGUGUUUCGAGUGCCGCACCAGUUAAGAGUGCGGUGGCUACAUAUACAGUUUUUAGUCGUUUUUAUUCGGAUACGCCUCCAUCGGGCUUAAGUUUUGAAGAAGUUCGUACACUAAUUCAUAGUAAAGAUAUUCAGCUAAUUGAUGUACGGGAACCAGAAGAAGCUUGGAAAACUGGGUCAGUUGAUCCAGCAAUUUUAAUUCCAUUGGGAGAACUUAAGGCUGCGUUAGAGAUGAGCGAAGAACGAUUUAUUGAGCACUACGGCAGGGAGAAGCCUCUGUUAUAUGAUAAGAACAUCGUGUUUAUGAGUUACAGGGGGCCACGUAGUAAAGCUGCCGUUGAAAUUGCCAGUGUCCUUGGAUACAGAUCUAGAUAUUUCGAAGGAGGAUUUUCAGAAUGGACUCAACAUCAGAAGAAAACACAUUGAAUUCUCUGAAUAUUGUAUUGAAUAAUGGACUACGAUUUCUUCAGUUAAUAGCAGCUAUUUUGACGCUAUAACUUAGUGUAUUAAAAUACAUAUGUAAUUCUAAGGCAGAUUAGAUCAGAUGAACAUUGCUCUAAUAGAAGAACAAUAACACACAGUGCUCAUUUAAUAUUUGCGCACUGUUCUAUUGUUCCCCUAUUAGGUUAAUGAAUGUAUGUUAAUUGUAUCAAGCAAAGCUCUGUGAAAAGUUUUCACCGGAGAAACUCAAAUCUGCAACUUCUCGCUCUACCAAACUGACGUCAUACCACCAGAACACGGAGACCUAAGUAUAUUACAAUAAGAUUGAAAACCAGCGUGUCAUACAUCAGACAACUCAAUAGAAGCCAGUUUAUUACAGAACGUUUCACCAAUAAUUAAUUAAUUAGAGCAAUAUUAAAUAGCAUUCAAAUUUCUGUGUUUGGUCAUUGUGCACACGUGUCUUUUCACAAUAUAAUAUGCAGUCUACAAACGCCAAAUUAAUUAUGAAUAGUUGCCGAAUGUUGCCAGUUUAGACGGCUACAAUUACCAGAAAUGCAUGUAUUUACCAUCUAAUCUAAACUGUUUGUCUUAACUACUAUUGUUUCAUUACAAUGUUGUGUUUGCCUUCUCAAUAUCUGCAAGUAUUUAAAACCAUGUUGACAAUUAUAUAAAAAAUUUGUUUUUCUUGCUGAAUAAACAGGAACU